CUCCGGGCGCGGAGCGUGGUGGGCUGGCUGGGCGGCUUCCUGCUGCUGCCAGCUCUAGGAAUGAUUCCACCUCCUAAGAAUGUUAAGAUGAAUUCAGUUAACUUCAAGAACAUUCUACAGUGGGAGUUGCCCGCUUUCCCCAAGGAGAAUCUGACAUUCACCGCUCAGUAUGAAAGUUACCGGGAUUUCCAAGAUCAGUGCAAGAACACUGCCUCAACCCAGUGCGACUUCUCCUUUCUGUCCAAGUAUGGUGACCACACCGUGAGAGUCAGGGCAGAGUCUGCAGACGAGCUCUCCGAGUGGGUACGAGUCACCUUCUGCCCUAUGGAUGACACCAUCAUUGGACCUCCUGAGAUGCAUAUAGAAUCUCUUGCUGAUUCUCUGCACAUGCGUUUCUCAGCCCCCAAAAUUGAAAGUGAACCUGAGAAGUGGACCAUGAAGAACUUGUAUAACUCGUGGGCCUAUCGGGUGCAAUAUUGGAAAAACGGGACUAGCGAGAAGUUCCAAGUCAUUUCUCUGUACGACUCCGAGGUCCUCAGAGGCCUGGAGCCAUGGACAACUUACUGCAUUCAAGUUCAAGGAUUUCUUCUUGACCAAAACCGAACUGGAGAGUGGAGCAAGCCUAUCUGUGAGCGGACAACCAACGAUGAAACAACCCCUUCCUGGAUGGUGGCCAUCAUCCUGGUCACCUCUGUCUUCGUGGCCUUCCUCUUCCUCCUCGGCUUCUUUGUCUUGCUGUGGUUCAUAUAUAAGAAGGCCAAGCACACCUUCCAUUCUGGGACGUCGAUUCCACAGCACCUGAAGGAGUUUCUGGGCCAUCCUCACCACAGCACUUUCCUGCUGUUCUCCUCCCCGCUCUCUGACGAGACUGAGGUGUUCGACAGACUGAGUAUCGUCACUGAAGUGUCGAAAGGCAGCAGGCAGAAUCCUGGAGACAGCUGUGCCCUGGGAACCCUGUGUGAGCCAGGACCUCAAGAGCUGGGAUCCAAGGACAAAUCCCCCUCACGGGCACAGGGCGAGCCCUUGCUUCUCACAUCCACCUCAGAAGUGUGAUCAGAAGGGCCAGCCGAGAAACUGGUGGCCAGUUGGGACUGGUGUUGUACUUGUACAGACAACCAAAGAGCCAGGCUUUCAACGCCCCGGUGAGAAAAAUCCUCCAUUUGGAAGUUCACAGCUUUAUAAAAACUAAUAGCUUAGGGGCUGAGGGUGUAGCUCAGCUGAUAGAAUGCUUACCCAAGAUACAUGAAGUCCUAGCUUCAUUCCCCAACACCAUAUAAGCUAGGAAUGGCGGUGACUGCCUUUAAGCACAACUCUUGGGAGGUAGAAGCAGGAGGGGCAGGAGGGGCAGGAGGGGCAGGAGUUCAGGGCCAAGCUGGACUGGAGACCCUGUCUAAAAAGGAAGAAGAGAGAGAGUCUUUAAUAAUUAUUUUUUGAAUGACCACUGAAUGUAAUUUGAGCCCUUUUUGCUCGCUGAAGCUGGAACCACAUUUAAAUUGUGACAAACAGAAAUAAGGGACAAAACUGCAAACACUGUAAGACCGUAAGAAUGCUGUAGACUGCCCUCAUCUCAGGGUCGGCCCUAUGCUGGACAGACAUGGAUGUUUUGGAUUCUCAAGGAUCAAAGAGAGUUCCUUCCUACCUGUGUGUUUUGUAUAGUACUGGUGUUCUAUGAAUAUUCUGUAUUUGUUUAUUUGUGUUUUCUCGAUUUCUGCUGUUGUAAUAAAUACCUGACAUAAACUAUUUAAAA